GGUGGGUUUGUGUGCGCGGCUGUGUUCGGCCUGACGGCUGGGCUGAGGUGGGGAGGCUGUGAGGUGAAGGAGACAGCUGGAGCCAUGCAGGCCUUCCUCAAAGGCCCAUCUGCCAUCAGCACCAAGCCCCUCGCUGCUAAGGAGAGGGGUGCGGCCGGCGCAGCGGGGUGCAGCGGGGAGAGCAAGAGGCCUAAACCUAUCCCCUGGGUGGAGAAAUAUCGCCCCAAAAAUGUGGAUGAAGUCGCCUUCCAGGAUGAAGUUGUUGCUGUGCUGAAAAAGUCCUUGGAAGGUGCUGAUCUUCCCAAUCUGUUGUUCUAUGGCCCACCUGGAACUGGAAAGACUUCCACUAUUUUAGCAGCUGCUAGAGAACUCUAUGGUCCUGAAUUAUUCCGGCAAAGAGUCCUUGAGUUAAAUGCCUCUGAUGAACGUGGAAUCCAAGUAAUUCGGGAAAAAGUGAAGGCUUUUGCUCAACUUACUGCAUCUGGAAGCCGUUCAGAUGGUAAAGUUUGUCCUCCUUUUAAAAUUGUAAUCCUGGAUGAAGCAGACUCAAUGACUUCAGCAGCUCAAGCAGCCUUAAGGCGCACAAUGGAGAAAGAAUCUAAAACAACACGUUUCUGCCUUAUUUGUAACUACAUCAGCAGAAUAAUUGAACCUUUAACAUCUCGAUGCUCCAAAUUCCGCUUCAAGCCUUUGUCAGACAAAAUCCAACAGCAGAGGCUGUUGGAUGUUUCUGAGAAGGAACAAGUAAAAAUCAGUAAUGAGGCAGUGUCUUACCUUGUUAAAGUGUCAGAAGGGGACUUAAGAAAAGCAAUUACUUUUCUUCAAAGUGCCACUCGCCUAAUGGGUGGGAAAGAGAUCACAGAGAAGAUAGUCACUGAAAUUGCUGGGGUCAUCCCUAGAGAAAAAAUUGAUGAACUGCUGUCUGUCUGCUGGAGUGGUUCAUUUGAGAAACUGGAAACACUGGCAAAGGUAGUACUCUAG